AUGGCGACGAUCGUCGAUCGAUGCGAUGCCCGCGCGCGGACGUCGGUGACGGUGGCGACGCCGGCGGAGGCGGUGGCGUCGUACGCGUUUUACGCGCACAUGGCGAGCGGCGCGCUCGCGGGGGCGGUGGAGCACACGGCGAUGUUUCCCGUGGACACGAUUAAGACGCGGAUGCAGGCGGCGAGAGGGAUGGCGAUGCGUCCGGGUGGCCUCGGGGGAGGGGUAGCGGUGGACGCGUGGCGAGCGGCGACGCGAACGAGCGCCGAGAGCGCGGGCGUCGCGCUGCGAGGGCUGUACAGAGGGGUGAGCGCGGCGGGUCUGGGGGCGGGACCGGCGCACGCGGUGUACUUUGCGACGUACGAGAAGUGUAAGAGAGUUUUUGGUGGGAACGAUCGGCGCGAGCACGCGCCGUUGGCGCACGCCAUGGCGGGGGCGUGCGCGACGACGCUCGCGGAUGGGUUACAGAACCCGGUGGACACGGUGAAGCAGCGGUUGCAGCUCAGGGAAUCGCCGUACAAGGGGGUGGUGGAUUGCGUCUCUAAGACGCUCCGCAACGAGGGUAUUCGCGCGUUUUAUAGGAGUUACCCGACGACGCUGGCGAUGAACGUCCCUUUCACCGCGAUUCAUUUCUCCGUGUACGAGGGAGCCAAGCGCGCGCUCUUCAAGGCGAGCGAGGCCGAGCGAGAGGGGUUCGCCGUGCAGUUCGCCGCCGGGGGCAUCGCCGGCGGUCUCGCCGCCGCGAUGACGAACCCGAUGGACGUCGUGAAGACGCGUAUGCAGACGGAGUGCGUCUUACUCGACUGCGACGUCGCCAAGUCGGCGGAGCAAACGGCGAACGGCGUGUGCACCGUGAGGGGUCAACCAAAGAUUUGUCCGCAAGAGCUCGCGGCGAUGCGUGCGCGAACGGCCGCCGCGGCGAAUAUAACGUCGCCCUUCUCCAUCGCUCGCGUUAUCGUUAGGGACGAGGGUGUGAUGGCGCUCGCGUCCGGCAUGGGCGCUCGCGUCUUGUUUCACAUCCCAGCCGCCGCCAUCUGUUGGACCACGUACGAAGCCGCCAAGCGCGCCUUUGGUCUGGACGAGGACGACGAGUACGGCGGCCACCACUGA